UUAAAAAAGAACCAGGAGUGGCUAUAUUAUAAUGGAUAAGCUAUAUUGCAGAGCAAAGAAAAUCACCAGAGACAGAGGAAGAAGGCAUUACAUAAAAAAGGGUUGAUGUACCAAGAAGAUGUAGGAAUCUUAAAUGUGCAUGUACCAAACAACAGACCUUGAAAAUAGGUAGAGAAAAGCAGGUAGAACUGAAACCAGAAGUAGUCAAGUCAGUGAUUAGAGAUGGAAACUUCAACAACGUCUCUGAACAGUUAACAGAACAACUAGACAGAUAAUCAGGAAAGAUAUAGAAAAAAACCAACACCACAGUCAACCAUGGAGAGGCAGUAGGUUACUGUGGAAAGAGUCCAGCACCAGGGUAUAAAGAGCCACCACGGAGAAGAACAUGAGUUGGAAGAUGCCUCCAAAUUAGAAAUUGGUAACUUUUUCCAUCAGUCUGUGCCCUCAGAGCGAGUCUUAGCUCUCCCCAUCAGUGUCUGCAGACCUAGUGUGUGCAGGGCUAGAAGAGGUCAGAGAGUCCCGCAGUCGAUCCUGAGAGCUCACUCAGUCCUCCCUCCACUCUUGUAGCUAACGGCACUGAGGCUGCUCUCCACUCCUGGGGUCUGUGUAUUAGGCACUGACAGUGCCCAGCGUCAGGGACCAGACCCUCAGGCCUCACUUCCUAGCAGUGUGCUUGCAUUUCCUCAGAGCAUCGGCCCAAGCUUCUGAAUUGGAUAUGUUAAAGCAACCAUAAUUUGCAUAUAAAAUCUAAAGUUACAUUUGCAUGAAUGGUGUUACCUCUAAAAAUACGUAGACCAGAUUUUAAAUGAGGACAGAAUGCACAGAAUCUCUAGAACUACUUUCGAAUAAGUGACCCUCUGGCAAACUGCAUGAAUCUAGAGGCAGCAGUAUGAACUCUUAGCUUUUUAAUUUCUUGCCUGAUCAACCAUCACUGAAAAGUUAAUAGCUCAGCAUUAGGAACCUUAUUGUGCAGAGAUUGGCAAACGAUGGACCCACGGGCCAAAUCUGGACUGCCACGUGUUACUGUAUGUGAAGUUUUAUCGGAGCCUAGAGAGCAACAUCAGAACCAUCUGGGAACUUGUUGGAAAUGAAAUUCUCCUGCUGCAGACUAUUGACUCAGAAACUCAGGGGGUGACACUCAGCACUGUGUGUUGGAGAAAAGUUGGAGAACCCGUGGAUUACAGUGUCCUACCAUACACUGGCUAGUGCUGUGAUAUGGCGGUACCUAAUACCUUUGUCUUCUCUAAGGACGCAGUUCAGCCAACAUCCCUGGAUGCUGUGGCCAUGCACCUGAUCCCUCACUGGGCCUGAAAGUACACAGGCUCUGGCCUCCCAGGGAAGCAGGCAUGCGACCGCAGUGUGGCGUGUGGAGUCUUCUAGGGAUGCAUGAGCUCUGCAAGCCUGGAGCGAGGAGGACAGAACUACCAGAAGUGAUAGACUUUCCUCGUCACGUCUAUGUUUCUGGAGGUAGGGUGUAAGGUCCCCCUUGAGACAGGCCUCGGGAAGCAGGAUGAGUGAGAGCCACGCCCAGGUUGCAGCGGUGAGCCUGGAGCCCAGGCUCGGAGCUGGAGGAGGACAGCCCAAACUGGAGUGCCAGGCAGACGGGAUCACCACAGCACAGGCGGCAGCAGACGGCUCAGGGAAGGACGAGACUGGGCCGGAGGGAAUGGAGGAGUGUUGCUCUUCUUUCUUUUGCCUGCCUUGGUGUGCUGGGCUGCAGGAUCUGAGGACGUGAUUCAGGACAAAGACCUAGCUCUGGGGUCCGGCUGGAGAAGAAGCAGAGAGCAGCAGUACCUGAGCGAGAUGAAGCAGAAGCUGGCCGAGGAAGGCAGCAAGUGCAGCAUCCUCUCGAAGCACCAGAAGUUCGUGGACCACUGCUGCAUGCGCUGCUGUUCACCCUUCACCUUCCUGGUCAACACCAAGCGCCGGUGUGCCGACUGUCAGUUCAACGUCUGCAAGAGCUGCUGCUCCUACCAGAAGCACGAGAAGGUGUGGAUCUGCUGCGUCUGCCAGCAGGCCAGGCUUCUGAGGACCCAGUCUCUGGAAUGGUUCUACAAUAACGUGAAGAGUCGCUUCAAACGCUUCGGCAGUGCUAAGGUCUUGAAGAACCUGUACAGGAAACACCGGCUGGAGAGCGGGGCGUGCUUCGAUAUUCUAGGAGGAAGCUUUUUCGAGGCAAACCUGGAGAAUGAAGGAAGUGUGUCAGGCAGUGAUUCAACAUUUUAUAGACAGUCUGAAGGACACAGCAUGAUGGACACAUUGGCUGUCGCCCUGCGGGUGGCUGAAGAGGCCAUCGAGGAGGCAAUUUCCAAAGCAGAAGCCUAUGGGGACAGUCUGGACAAGCAGAAUGAGGCCAGUUACCUGCGGGACCACAAGGAGGAGCUGACGGACGAACUGGCCACGACCAUCCUGCAGAAGAUCAUAAGAAAACAGAAGAACAAAGGCGAGCAGCAAAUGGGAGAAGAGCCAGAGUGGUCACAGCCCCAGAGCUGCAGUGCAGAGGCCGCUGACGAGGGGACCGCAGCCCCCCCGGGAGGCCCCCGAGCUCCCUCCACCCUCUGGCGAUCCCAGUCUGCGUUCUCACUCACCAGAGAAGAUGCCCCGAGGACCCCUUCGCUGGAGGCUAUGUCAAGGCCGCCCAGGGGCCAGGACCAGCCACCGAGGGAGGAGGCAGCCUUGCCCAUCUGGAAGAGCGUGGACGGGCUGGACGACACAAACCUGGCCGCGGUUUUGCAGAGCCCCGACGGGAACUGGGUGGCCCUGAAAGAUGGCGCUCUGCCGCCCACCCGCCUGCUGGCCAAGCCCAAGAGUGGCACGUUCCAGUCCCUGGAGGCAGCCUCCCGCGUGACAUCUGCCUACGAGGAGAUGGGCUCCGAAAGUGAGGAGGACUUUGACUGGAGUGAGGCCUUGAGCACGCUGUGCCCGCGGCCCCCAGGCCUGCCCAGGAGCCCCCAGCCUCAGCCCACACAGGCCCAGGGCUCGGACCAAGGCCCCUCGGCCACCUCCGCCUCCUCCGGGCUCUCUCCCAACCCCGAGGCCAUGUGCUCCGACUCAGAGACGUCCUCUGCGGGCUCCUCCCGGGAAGCUGGACGCCGGGCCAGACUGUCCUGGUUGCAGAGGAAGGCCCCCAGGGACCCCGCCGCGGAGAAGAUACGCCUGCAGGGAGAGCUGGACGUGAACUUCAACCCCCAGGCAGCCAGCAGGGAGACCUCGGACAGCAGCGAGCCCGAGGAGAUGCCCCAGGCUGCGGACCGGAAGGCCAGGAGGUGGAGAAGGGCCCGUGUGGGCUCAGAGGAGCCGAGCGAGGAGUUGUCUUCUCCCAACGCCCAUUGCCAGGGGCUGGAUGCACAUCAGGCAUCCGGUGAUUUGUCGGAGACCGACACCAGCAACGACGCCAGGCACCCUCGGAGCCGGGCGGCCGCCACGGAAGAGAAACUGAGAAACAGGCUGUACGAGUUAGCAAUGAAAGUGAGCGAGAAGGAGACCUCUUCGGGGGACGAUCAGGAGUCGGAGCCCAAGACGGAGUCUCAGAACCCCAAGGAGAGUCUGUCCUCUGAAGACAACAGCCAGGGCGUCCAGGAAGAGCUCAAGAAGAAGUAUUCUGCUGUUUCUCUCUGCAACAUCUCCACAGAAGUCCUGAAAGUCAUCAACGCCACCGAGGAGCUGAUAGCAGAGUCCGCAGGGCCCUGGGAGUUCCCACCUGUCCCUCCCGACAGAGAGAAGGGGACAUUUCCUCUUGGGACAGACCAAGUGAGACUGGAUGAGCAGCUGACUUCUCUGGAAGAAAACGUGUACCUGGCGGCAGGCACCGUGUAUGGACUCGAAGGCCAGCUGAGUGAACUGGAGGAUGCCGCCCGCUGCAUCCACAGUGGCACCGAUGAGACCGAACUGGCGGAUCUGGAGGACCAGGUGGCCACGGCCGCAGCCCAGGUUCACCACGCUGAGCUCCAGAUUUCUGAUAUUGAGAGCCGGAUUUCAGCCCUGACCAUUGCAGGAUUAAACAUAGCACCGUGUGUCCGCCUCACAAGAAGACGCGAUCAGAAGCAAAGGAACCAGGUGCAAACCAUAGACACAUCAAGGCAGCAGAGGAGGAAACUGCCUGCCCCACCAGUGAAAGCCGAAAACAUUGAGGCGUCUUCAGUGGCCACCAUUAAAACAUUUAACCGCAACUUCCUUCUCCAAGGCUCCUUGGCAAACAGGCCUAAUGAAAGGAAAAGCACCACCAAGGAUUUGAUGGAGCCCAGUCUGGCGUCUGCUGUGAUGUAUUAGUGCCACGGAGCUCCACUGCCAGUGACCCACUGCCUCCGGCCGUACACGACAGUGCCUUGACCCAACAGCCAUCCAAUACUGUACCGAUUUCCACCCGAGGAGGGGGCCUGGGGGGGCCAUGGUGCACCACUGCACAGGGCUGUCCUGAUACCUCACCCAGAAAGCAGCCCCAGACUUGAGCACCGCGGUCUUGCCCACGCGCUGCCUUAGGCUCCCAGGGGAAUCCAAGAGAGAAAACCGAGACGCUGGCUUCCAACAACAGAGCUCCCUGUUCAAAAGACGCAUCUUUUCCGUGUUCGCUUCGCUACUGUGUGUUGUCUUUAAGAUCUCUCUUUUUUUUAAUCCCUUUGAUUCAACUGAAAGUAUAUGUCAAUAGUUAUUUGUCCAGAGGAGAACCGUUGGGAGCUGGGGGGGAUGGAAAGAAGGGAGAUGGAGAUUAUCAUUUAAUUCAUCACCAGUUCUUACUAAUCUCUCAAAACCACGUUUGCCCCACAAAUGCUAAGGAAAAAUGUGCAGAUGUCCCCGCAGUGAACAUCCGGACCGUCCCAUCUGGGGAGCGCGCACCCAGCAAGGAUGCAGGUCUCCCUUCAGUCGCCUCCUUCCUGGGAAGCUCCUCGCUACCCCUCUCCCCACACCACACGACCAUAACCAGUGGCCCAGUCAUUUCCAUCGCUUUGCAAUCACACACCACGGAAUGGAAAGUUCUGACUCACCCACGCCAGGCCCAGGUCUUUCUGAAUCGAGGUCUCAUGGAGAAUUUAGGGUUUCUCCUUGGACUCACUGACAGUUUCCCCACUGUGAAGGGGAGAGGAGCUUGAGAAAGCUCACCAUUGGCGUAACUUUGGGGCGCUGUCUGGAAUCCACGUGAUGCAGCUUAGUGAUGGCCGCGUCUAAAUGGAUUCUAACCACAUGAGAAAAUGUCCUCCAGAAUUUAUUUCCCAGUAGAUAAUUCGGCAAAAGCAGUAGGAUGACCUUACAGGAAAAAAAUGGUUAAAGAAUAGCCUUGGAAAGCUCACAGGCAUGAAAAAAGCAAGGACAAACUGUGAGUUUAACAGACACACGAGCCGACACGUGCUCCACGUUUGCGGUCUCGAAGGCAUGACCGUGUAGAGUGUGCUUGUAAAAGCCAGUGGAGCAGAAUUCCGCUCAAUGAACUGAGCAUUUACAGCCUUUGUUAAAAUUUGUCCCUGAGACAUUCUGAAUCUUAGGAAGAAAGCAAACGAUGGGGGGCAAGGGGAUAGUUUGACCGAAAUGUUUUAAGUGACUGCUUUGAGGAAGGCAGCUUCUUCUCAUCUUCAUCCUUGGAGCAACCCUCUUCAGUAGGUAUCCCCACUUUUCAGACUUGGAAACCGAGGGGGCCAGAGAGAUUAGUUUGCCAAAGUCACACCUCUAAGCCAAGUGUCAUCGGAAUGCCUCCCCAAAGCCUCACCCUGCGUUGGUUUCAACUCCUACCUUCUUUUGCUGCUACACACAUUGCCAGACCUGAUUUGCUGCUGAAAUGUGUGUUCCGAUCCAUUCCUGAUGCGAUCUACCUAUCUUCCGGUGACGCCCUUUGCUGAUCCUGUGUAUGUGCUAUCCAACAGAAGUGACUUCUUUGAAACACAGUAAAUCUUGGCUUUUUGUUCUGUUGGUAUGACUCAAAGCAGACAAAUACAAAUUUUAAAAACACAACAACAACAAAAGAUCUGAGUUCCAAAUCGAAUGUUUCCUUUAAGAGGCAUGAAAAGCAACUAUUGAUGUGUUCCAGUGUUAAUAUUCAGUUUUCUUUGACAAAAAUGUGUACUGUGUAAGCCUUGCAAAAAACAAAAACAAACAAAAAAAAACAAAAAGAAAAAAAAGAAGAAGCCUGCUCUAUGGCAUUUGAAAUUUUAUAAAGGUUUCCUUGUGCCAAAUAAGUGCAAAGAUUUAAUUUACUAUUAAAAACCAUAAGCAUAUGUUAUAGUUUCGGAAGAAUUAUUUUGUCAUCAAGUGAUUUUGAUCUUCAGUGUCAAUAUUUAUAUUUAGAUUAAUUUUUAUAAAUGAAAAUAUUUUAAUGGUUUAAGAAAACGAGGACAAUAAGACCAUAUCUUUGAUGACUUCUGAAAGUUAUGCUUGCCUUCAUGUUAUAUGCACAUCGCCAAGAAUUACUGUCAGAGAAAUGAUAAAGAAGUAAAAGUCAUUUAUGAAAAUAA